CUCUUACUCAUGGCAUACAGAUUUCUGCUAUGAUUUAGGCCUACAAUAACUUUUUACUUUUAUAUUAUUAAUUUAAAUAUUGAUUAUCUCUUGUAUUUUUAGUGUUAGUAUAAAUAAAUUAUAAACAUUGGACGAUAUUUUGAGUUGACCCUUUGAAUCCCUGGCAAAAUGACCCCUCCCUUUGGUCACACCCUGGUGUGACUGUAGCCAACAAACGACUGAUCAAAUUAAUUAUUAUAAAAUUAACUAGGCCUACUAGAAAGAAUUGUCAGUCUUCACUUAAGUCAUAGGUGAAGGUCUGCAGGAUGGAGAGAUGUGUGUUAGGUGAUGACCCAUUUACUCAGGUGUCUAAAUCUUCUGAAGAUGUAACCAUGGAAAACUCAGUUGACAAACAGAUGAAGCCUUUGUUUUACAUGAUGAAAUCACUUCAAAAGUUGCAAGAGAAUGGAGAAUUGUGUGAUUUGAAGUUUGAGUUGAACAACGGUUGCUUUACAAUUCACCGCUUGAUGUUUGCCAUCUGGAGCCCUGCCAUGAAAACAAUGCUCCACCUUCAGCAACCAACCUCAGGCCACAUUCGUCUCAACUUUUCCCAGCAUGCCGUGUUUGAACAGUUCAUCAACUUCCUCUACACUGGAUACUUGGCUGAACAGAUCACAGACAUUCCAGCUCUCCUGCUCCUAGCCUCUACAUUCAAAGUAACUUACUUGCUAGAAUUGUGCAUGGAGCAGCUGAAAGAAAAUGUGAAUGUGGACAAUGUCAUCUCCACUUUGUGCCUGGCUGAGAAGUUCCAACUGUCAGAGCUGCAGCUUCACUGUGUCAGCUUCCUACAGCACAACUUGCCGGAGGUGGGGCAGAAGCAAGAGCUGCGGGAACUCACUCCUGCCCAGAUCAAUCACUUUCUGGAGUCUGAACAUGUCUCCACACUAAGCCCUGAAAUAAAACUCUUCCUGAUCAUAUCUUGGUUGACCGAGGACGUGUCAGACAGACAACAGUACCUGGUCUUGCUGCUGAAACACAUCAACUGGUCAGUCGUGGCUAAAGACUUUCUGGAAGAAAUCAGCCAAACAGAAAACUUCUUUACAUCCAACCCAUCGUCCCUGUAUCUGCUGUUACAGACACUUCACUCCUCGUCCAUUGGUCUGGGGCCCUAUGAGCAGCAGUUUUCAGCGUUGAGAGAUGAGUACAGCUACCUUCUGAGUAGUGUCGUCAGCAGCAGUGUUGUGCUGGGCUCUGGCAAGCCACAAGCCUUCAAGCCAGUUCAUUUUACUUUUGUCAAACCUACAUCUGACCACAUAGCUACUGAAGGUCACAGUCAUUCACCUACUGAAGGUCACAGUCAUUCACCUACUGAAGGUCACAGUGAUUCAGCCACUAAAGGUCACAGUGAGGCAGCUACUGAAGGUCGCAGUGAGGCAGCCACUAAAGGUCGCAGUGAAGCAGCUACUGAAGGUCGCAGUAAAGCAGCAGUCAUGUCCUCAACAUGUGUUGAGGAAAUGGACCAGUGUCUUGGGAGCAGUACAAUCCAGCCACUGUCAGAUCAAACAGUAGGUCAUGUGACCACGCCUGCCCCCACUCUUGCACUUAUAAGAAAAAUGACUGAAGACAAUACCUCAUACAAAAAUUCAUCCAAAGUAUGUGUUGAUAAAAGUGAAACAAAUUUCACCCAAUGCAGAAUCCUGACACACUCAAAUAAACCAAGGUCUACCCAGGGUAAAAUCACAAAUGUAAAGCAGCACAAAGCUCCAGUUAAACUUUAUGAAAACAAAAAAGACAAUUUUAGAAAGAAACUAGGGGAGGCUACUGCUACUGUAACAAGUGAAAAUAUUGCUGAUGGAUACGGUGAGGGCACAGAGAGGCAUGGGAAUAAUGUGGAGGAACAUGUGUGUGAUUCUCCAGAUUUAAAGGCAGAAAAUCUUCUGACUCGCAUCAAACAGGAAGUGUUGAAUAUAGAGGAGGAGAAUGACCUUGACAUUGAUGAGGACAUGAGAACAGUUGAACAAGAAAAGACGGAGGAGCUGAUUGUAAAUAAAGUUAAAACAAGAGCAAAGAAAUCUUCAACAUUAAAAGAUGUAAAUAAAACCAUGAGCAACAGAAAGAAGACCUCAAGAAAAGCAACUAAAAGAAAGAAAAGAAAUCCAAAAGUGUCUUUUACUUGUUCUGAUUGUGAUUACACAGCCAGUAGUGAUGCCUUGCUCAAACUUCACUUUAAGAAGGCCCACAGCAGCAACUGUUUCUUCUCUUGCAGCUUGUGUUCAUUUAAGUGCCAAUGGAACAAAGAGUACCAAAACCACAUGCGGCAAGUUCAUUUUCCAGGACCACCAUUUAGCUGUGGGCAGAAUGGCUGUGACUACAAGACUGACAAAUUUCCCCAGUUGGUUUCUCACCUCAGGGUCCACACUGACCACCGUCCAUUUGCUUGCUCCAUCUGUCUGGCAGCUUUUAGAUCCAGGAGCAAUCUUUAUGUGCACUCAAAAACCCACUCUGCUGACAAAAAGUUUCAGUGUCCAGAAUGCAGUCGGACAUUCACUCUUAAAAUCACAUUAGACCAGCACAUGGUGACACACAGUGACCUCCGACCUUAUUUGUGUGACCUCUGUGGCUUCUCAACCAAAUUCCAAUCUCACCUCAGCUCCCAUAAAAGAAUACACACAGGUGAUGUUUACCAUUGUAAUUUCUCUGCCUGCAAGUACUCGACCCCUAAACAGUCCCAGCUCAAGUCCCACAUGCGCUCCCACCUGGGGAUCCGCUCCCACGUGUGCAGCACCUGUGGCAAAGCUUUUGUUGAGAAGUCGCACCUGAACCGGCACGAGCGUAUACACACCAGUGAGCGGCCCUUGACGUGUUCUCUGUGCCACUACACGUCAACACGUACAGACAAACUACGGGAACACGUCAAAAAACAUCACAGCGAGCCCAAAGCUACAUCUGGUGAAGUGAAGAGGGCUGGCAGGCAGAAAAACAAAAGCUCACAACAGGGAAAUGCUGAGACACAGAGUCUGAUAGAGGUUGUUCUGGUGAAAAAUAACAAGAGGGCAAGAAAAGGUGAUGUGUCUUCUAAAGAUACUAAUGUGAGCCCUGAAACUUUCUCUGUUGGUCAUGGCCAGCCUGAGGUGGCCAAUACAGGGCAGGGUAACCAGGCGAGUACUAGCAAAAAUGAAAAAGAGUUGAGCACAGUGGACAUUCUUGCCAAGAUGGGGCUUAUUCUAAGUAGUGGGGGCAGCGCCAUGUUUGGUUACCAUGGCAACUUGAAUCUAAAAAGUGCCCCAGUAGAACAAGUAUACCCAGUAGAGGAUCUACACCCCACGUACCCCCAGGUGGAGAGUGCCCAGGGUGGCUAUCACAUGUCGCAGGUCAACUCCACGGUGUCCAGUACUGGGCAGCUGUUUAAUGGGGCCAGUUCAUCCAGUCAACCUGUUGGUUUAAUCAACUAUGGUCUGUCCAACAGCACAGAGAAUCAACCACAUCUACAGCAGACAGAAGAGUAUGGGACCAUAGGAGAUUAUCUCUACUCAUGAAACAUGAGCAUUCAUUCACAUACAUGUUCUCAGCUUUCACUUAGUAUUUAUAUAAUAAAUAAAUGUUUAUUGAAAACUUAUUAAAAUGUUACAUAAUUGA